AUGUGGAAUUCAAAUUGGUGUAUGACUCUUAUAUUAACGAGGUUACCAAAUUAUGACUUUACAUGGUAUCGGAAAGCUUCUUCCUCGUUUCCAUCAGUAUUUUUAAAAAAAUCUUCAGUUUGUAAUUGCAUAAAAAUUCAACAAAAUAUGUCAAUAUUUUACAUCAAGCUCCAUUUUGAGGGAAAACUUAGAGAACAUGAAAAAGUUUUUUUUCUACUUUUUCGCUUACUGACUAUCAACAUCAAAUUUCAAAGACAUUUAACACUUCUCACAGUCCAUUACCUUCUACAACAAUCGCCUAAAACUGAAGAUGACUAA